UAUUAAAAUUGGUAACUAAUUGGCGUUUUGUUUUUAUCGUUUAAUAUUUUAAAAACAAGAAGUUUUCACCGGUAAAUACUUUGAUUAGUUAAGAACAGCGCAAAUUCUAAUGAAAUAACUUAUAUUUGAUUUUAUAAUAAAAUCGAAAUGAUGCAAUAAAUUCGCGUAUAGGGGGCUGCGAAAUGAAGGUUAUGUUUUUAACGCCUACGUUUUAAGUUUUGCAUUGAUUCGCGUAUGUAUUCACGAAGCUUGGGGUUUUGAAAAGAAGUAGCAAUGUCUUCACUGCGAAAAAACCUUCUUUCGAAAGGGUCAAAAAGAUUCACCUCUGGAGCUAUUAAAGAUUUUUCGCCAACGAAAUGGGAAAAGUAUUUUGAUAGUAAACGUGAUGUGAAGAUAGGUGAAAGCAUUUUCAAUGUGUAUUUGAAAGGUAAUUCUGGUCCCGUAGUGGCUAUGCUCCAUGGUGGAGGGUAUUCGGCUUUAACAUGGGCUUUAUUUACCGAGGAAAUAACAAGAAAAGUUGAGUGUCAAGUAUUAGCUAUUGAUCUACGUGGGCAUGGUUUAACAAAUACCGAAGAUGAUAUGAAUCUCUCCUUAGAAAUUUUAGCUUCCGAUGUUGAUGAAAUCAUUAAGACAAUCUUUACUGAAAAUAUACCCCCAGUCGUUUUAAUUGGACAUAGUAUGGGUGGAGCAAUCGCCGUUGAAUCGGCUUACUUAAUUCAAACGGCUGUUGCACUUUGCGUUAUAGAUGUUGUUGAAGGUAGCGCAAUGGAAUCAUUAUCGGCUAUGCAAAGCAUCCUAAGAGGUCGUCCUAAUAGUUUUAAAACCAUAGAUCAAGCUAUUCAGUGGAGUUUUAGAAGUGGUCAAACUCAUAAUUUAGAAGCAGCAAGAAUUUCGAUGCCAGGACAAAUAAAAAAUUCAAAAACAGGUUUAUUAGCAACGCAAGAAAUUGAUUUGGAAGAAAGCUCAACAGAACCACGCCAAUAUAAGUUAGUUCAUCAAAGGUCUGCGGAUUGUAUCGCGGAAGUAGACGAAGAUUCACGAUCAGAAGAUUCACCUGGUGAAAGUUCGUCACAAGAAGUAGAAAAAGAUGUUUCUACAACAGAAUUUGUAAAACCGUCCGAUGCCAACAGUUACACAUGGCGCAUUGAUUUAAGUAAAACUGAAAGUUUUUGGAGCGGUUGGUUCAAAGGUUUGUCGCAGAAAUUCCUCAACAUCGCCAUGCCCAAAGUAUUACUUUUGGCGAAUAUUUACGGGUUGGAUACAACCCUCACGAUCGGGCAAAUGCAGGGCAAAUUUCAACUGCAGGUUUUGGCAAAAAGCGGACAUGCCAUACAUGAGGAUCAGCCGGGCAAUGUUGCAGAUAUCGUAGCGGGAUUUUUGGUUAAACAAAAACUGGCAGUUGCUAAGGAAGGAUUUGUUCCUAGUUUGCCAGCUUGUUAAAUUCCUAUUAUUUGUAACAAAUUUUUUUUUAUUUAAAACAAUUCAAGUAUUUUCUGUAAUGUCUCUAUUUCAUAAUUAUAAUAUAUGAGUUUAA